UGUACUGCCCACUCAGCCUCUGUUAGCUGCAGCAGUCCUAAACUACAGUAGUGUCCCUGUUUCAGUGUUUCUGGGUUCCUGAUUGAGCUCAAACGAGUCUUGAUUACACUUUCUUUAAAGUUUUGCAAGCUACCCGGGGACAUUAUUUACGAUGGAGAGCAAGAGGAAGGGUAUCUUGGAGCGACUAAAUGCUGGGGAGGUCAUUGUAGGAGAUGGAGGUUAUGUGAUUCAACUAGAGCGACGAGGUUAUGUGAAGGGUGGACACUGGACACCUGAAGCAGCUGUUGAACACCCUGAAGCAGUGCGGCAGCUGCACAGAGAGUUCCUGAGAGCAGGAUCUAAUGUGCUUCAGACAUUCACCUUCUACUGUAGUGAGGAUAAGCUGGAGAUGAGUGGAAAUGUCACUGACAUCACCGGGGCCCAGAUCAAUGAGGCAGCCUGUGACCUGGCCAGGGACGUAGCCAAAGAGGGUGAUGCAUUGGUUGCUGGAGGUGUGUCUCAGACUCCCUGCUAUGUGAAGAGUCACAGUGAGGCUGAGGUGAAAGCCAUCUUUAAGAAACAGAUGGAGGAUUUCCUCAAGAAGGACAUUGAUUUCUUUAUAGCAGAGUACUUUGAACAUGUGGAAGAGGCAGGCUGGGCAGUGGAGGUGUUGAAGACCAGCGGUAAACCAGUGGGUGCAACAUUGUGUAUCUCCCCUUACGGAGACAUGCACGGAGUCCCACCUGGAGAGUGUGCUGUCAGACUCGUCAAAGCUGGAGCGGACAUUGUUGGAAUAAACUGCCACUUGGACCCUCUGACGUGCGUUCGUACAGUGAAGUUGAUGAAAGAGGGAUUGGAAAAAGCUGGUCUCAAAGCCCAUCUCAUGAUCCAGCCACUGGGCUUUCACACACCUGAGUGCAACCACACUGGAUACCUCAGCCUACCUGAGUUCCCCUUCGCACUGGAGACCAGAGCAAUUACCCGCUGGGACAUCCAUAAAUACGCCAGAGAGGCUUACAAUGCUGGAAUUCGCUACAUUGGUGGCUGCUGUGGAUUUGAGCCCUACCAUAUCAGAGCUAUAGCAGAGGAGCUGGCUGCAGAGAGAGGAUUCCUCCCACCAGCUUCAGAGAAGCAUGGACUCUGGGGAGCUGCUCUAGAGAUGCACACUAAACCCUGGGUCAGAGCCAGGGCUCGUCGAGAGUACUGGGAAAACCUUUUGCCUGCUUCUGGACGUCCGAAAUGCCCAUCCAUGGCCACACCAGAAGAUGAUUAUGAAAAACAGCUGAAAUCUAACAUACCAACAUAAUCUCAUGUUUACACUAUACAGUUUUUUGUAUUCUUUAUAUGUCUGACUUUUUCAUAUCAAGAAUGAUAAUAAAAACUCAAGAAUUCAA